UUUUGUAUUUUUAGUAGAGACAGGGUUUCACCAUGUUGGCCAGGCUGGUCUCGAACUCCCAACCUCAAGCCAUCUGCCCGUUUUGGCCUCCCAAAGCGCUGGGAUUACAGGUGUGAGCCACGGUGCCCAACCUAAAAAUUCCUUUCCUCAAAUUCAACAGCCAUUUCUAAGAAUGAGAUAUUUUGUCUGCUUCAUGUAACUGAUGCCCAGCAGAAUCCUACCUGGCUUAUCAGCUUGACAGAUGCCCCCAUCACAGGGUUUCUCAUCCACUUUCAUCUCUUUCUGGUUAUUUGCCAAAUGGUGAAACAGUUUGUCUUCAGAGGCCCCUGGACUUCUUUCUCUUGCUCUUUUUUUCUUUUUGAGACUGUCUCACUCUGUCACCCAGGCUGGAGUGCAGUGGUGGGAUCUUGGCUCACUGCAGCCUCAACUUCUCAGGCUCAAGUGUUCCUCCCACCUCAGCCUCCCAAGUAGCUGUGACUACAGAUAUGCACCACCACUCCCAGGUAAUUUUUGGGUAUUUUUUUGGAAGAGAUGGGGUUUUGCCAUGUUGCCCAGGCUGGUCUCGAGCUUUUGAGCUCAGUCUGCCUUGGCCUCCCAAAGUGUAGGGAUUACAGGCAUGAGGCACCUUGCCCAGCCCCCUGAACUUCUCUAUGAUGUCUAUUGUCUCAACUCUUUUCAAAGACUAAGGAAAGUUCCAUCCAUCAAAAUUUUACAUCACUGUAUCUGUUCCUUAAGCACAAAGUCUUGGGUUGGGGCCUCAGAAUAUGCAUUUAAAAAGACACAACUCAAGUGUUAUGGACCAAAUGUUUGUGCCCUCUCCAAAACUCCUAUGCUGAAAUCCUAAACCCCAGUGUGACAGUAUUAGGAGAUGGGCCUUUGGAGGUAAUUAGGUCACGUGUUUAGAGGCUUCAUGAAUAGGAUUCUCCCUCAUAAGAGAAAUGAGAGUUUGUUCUUGCUCCUUGUUCUCCACCACGUGAGGAAAUGAGAAGAUGGCAGUCUGCAAACCAGGAAGAGGGCCCUCGCCAGACACAGAAUUGGCCAGCGCCUUGAUCUUGGACUUCCAGCUUUGAACUGUGAGAAGUAAAUGUUGCCUAAGCCACCCAGUCUGUGCUCGCAAAGAAACGUGGUGAUCAAGGAAGACAGCACAGGCUCCAGCCUCGUUGGGGGAGGAGAAUUAGAAUCUCAGCCUGUGCGUUUACUCAGCACACCCGUUUAAUCUCUCGGUCCUUCAGUUUCCACACCUGGGAAGCUGGGACAGCAGCAGCAUACAGCUCCAGGACCGGAGUCUACACGAACUCUGCCACCCGGGAGCCGCGAGUCUAACGUCAGUUCCGCCCGACCCCGCCCCCGCCUUCUCCCUGGGCGCAUGCGCCGCGCAGCGGCGCCUUUUACGACGCGGCGGGCGCGGCGCGCUUGGCGGCCGGAGAUAAGCGACGCGGAGCUAGUCUGAGCAGAGCGAGCGAGUGCGGCGGCGGGGCCGAGAGGACGCGCAGGUGGCGGUGUCGCCAUGUCGCACGGUCACAGCCACGGCGGGGGCGGCUGCCGCUGCGCCGCCGAACGGGAGGAGCCGCCCGAGCAGCGCGGCCUGGCCUAUGGCCUGUACCUGCGCAUCGACCUGGAGCGGCUGCAGUGCCUUAACGAGAGCCGCGAGGGCAGCGGCCGCGGCGUCUUCAAGCCGUGGGAGGAGCGGACCGACCGCUCCAAGUUUGUUGAAAGUGAUGCAGAUGAAGAGCUUCUGUUUAAUAUUCCAUUUACGGGCAAUGUCAAGCUCAAAGGCAUCAUUAUAAUGGGAGAGGACGAUGACUCACACCCCUCUGAGAUGAGACUGUACAAGAAUAUUCCACAGAUGUCCUUUGAUGAUACAGAAAGGGAGCCAGAUCAGACCUUUAGUCUGAACCGGGAUCUUACAGGAGAAUUAGAGUAUGCUACAAAAAUUUCUCGUUUUUCAAAUGUCUAUCAUCUCUCAAUUCAUAUUUCAAAAAACUUCGGAGCAGAUACGACAAAGGUCUUUUAUAUUGGCCUGAGAGGAGAGUGGACUGAGAAAACAGGAACAGGUGAUAAAGGGAAUUAGUGUUGAAUCUGAUCCUUUCGGGAGAAUUCGUCUGAGGGAUUGGCCCAUGCUGCUGUUUGGAGGAUAUAGCCACCGUUUCUCCAGCCUGUCGUAGAAAACUGCCACCACCAAACCUUGUUGGCCCUCAAAAUUUCUAAAAUGCAGCCUGAAAUAAAUCAGAAUACAAAUACUGUUCUUGAAGAGCAUGAAGGAGGCCGGGCGCGGU